AUGUGUUCAGGUGGCUUUGCAAAGUGUCUGGGAAUCUGUCUAAUACCGCUGGCGAUCCUAUGUGUACUAUGCAACAUUUUGCUCUUCUUCCCUGGUGGAACGGUUGUGGACACCACAUACAUCACUACUGAAGCGUUUUACUUUGGAGGCAUUGUGGGAUCUGGAGUGUUGAUGAUCUUCCCUGCUCUGGUCUUCCUGGGUCUGAAGAACAACGACUGCUGCGGUUGCUGUGGCAAUGAAAGCUGUGGGCGGCGGUUUGCAAUGCUCAGUUCCAUACUGUUUGCAGCUGUGGGAGUUUUGGGAGCCGGAUACUCAGUUAUUGUUUCUGCUAUUGCCAUGGACCGUGGUCCUCGAUGUAGGACUUGGGGAAAUGACACAUAUGAGGAGUGGAACUAUCCCUUCUCAAAAGGUGACUACCUGUCCAAUCACACCUUAUGGGAGGAUUGCGAAGGGCCAAAAGGUGUGGUGACCUGGCAUCUCACCCUGUUCUCCAUGCUCCUGAUCAUGGGUGUAAUCCAGGUGGCGCUGUGUGCCGUUCAGGUGGUGAACGGCCUGCUGGGAGCUUUGUGUGGGGACUGCGGAUGCUGCGGAUGCUGUGGAGGGAGUGAUGGAGCAGUGUGA